UCCCGACUGGAGUUCCGUGAGCUGGAGCCUAUCCGCUACACGGAGCUGUUCGGCCGGGCGUUCCCGGAGUGUAAGGAGUUCACCAUCACGCUGUGGCUCAGGCCGUACGACACCAACAAGCGGAGGACGAUCCUGUCCUACCGGGUGGGGCUCAAGAACGUCUUCCGGCUGGACGUGAAGCGAUCUCUGAGGCUGUACAUGCUCGGCAAGCACGUGGAGACUUCGAAAGGCCUGGAGGAGAAACAGUGGCACCGGAUUGCUUUCAUAUGGAGCGGUAGAGGCGGCAGAUGGUGGAUCUACUGGGACGGGAAGAAACAGUCCGGCCGCGGCCUGGGCAUCAACCAGACCAUCCCAUCUUCGGGAGAGCUCGUCCUCGGCCAGAAGAAGAAAAACAUGGAGCACGACUUCAACAAGAACUCCACCUUCCUGGGCGACAUCAGUCAUCUCAACAUCUGGGACCACAUGUUGAACGAGUCGCGGUUAGAUAACAUCUGGAAGGACUGUACGUUCACGGAAUGUGGAAACGCCGCCAGCUGGGUGGAUUUCCGUGGCGGGACGAGAGGGGCCAUGACCCUGAGGUGGCCGUCAGGAGUUUACGACAAAUGCCACGCCGACUCCAAAAAAUCCUGUAACGAAUAUUGCAGCUUCACUAUCGGGCCUCAGUGUAACGCGGACCUGAACAAUAACCUGAUGUGGCCGCGUACCCAGGCUGGCAAGACGGCGAGUAUCGUCUGUCCCGGGGCGCAGGACUCGGCAUGGGACUAUCCAAGGUACGCCAACAGAACAUGUAGCCGGACCACGGCGACUGAUGGAGAGUGGGAACAACCGCAACUGUCCGACUGUAUCGGGACAAGAAGGGUGGAUCUCAGGACCGAGGUGAAAAAGGUGCUCCUAAGCAAUACCAAAGUCAACGGCAGCUAUAUUCCUGGCUAUGCAGAAAUCUUACAGAACCUUACCCAAGAAGAGGCGGGAAACAUAUUUGACAUCUCCGUAGACAUCGACAACCUUGCAAUGAUAGUCAAACUCCAACAGAGGGCGCUGAAGUACGCCAUACAGCAAGCCGCGAUCGGCGCCCUUCCCAACACGUCAUACCCGCAGUGGGACGAUACCAGCCGGUUCGCUCAGGUUCUAGCAGACAUUAUCAACAACAUGCUGGGUCGGGACAGGUACGAGGCCUGGGAGUACAGUAAGCCGGUGGGCGGGGAGUCGGUCAGGCUGCUCGGCAUCGUCAGGAACUUCGCCAGGCUGCUGUCAGACAGCAUGAAGUUCCACCUCAAGCAGGGACAGCUGCAGAUACGAGACGCGUCGGUGGAGCUGAAGUUUAAGAACUUCGCCCUGUCCGUACAGGUAUUACAGCGGGACGUGUCGGCCAGGAUGACGGUGAACGGCAGAACCCGGUACGCCAAGAGCGUGUUCCCGAACGGCAGGGUGGACGACAUGAACCGUCUGGCGGCAGACGUGCGAUCUCAGCUCAACCUAACACGACAAGAGUACGUGGGGCUGGGCCAGAUCGCCUAUCCAACCGUCGUCAGGCUCCUCCCCAACCACUUCAGAAGUUCUAAAGAAGCCAACAUCAACGCCCCCAUGGUCGGAACGUACGUUCUGGAGGAGCAAGAGAUGAACAAUCUGACCGAGCCACUUCUGGCGACCCUGCCACUGUUCAAGUACUACAAUGUCUCUAACCCUCGCUGUCUGACGCUUGUGAUCGGGGACAAAUUUCACCCGUACCGCUGGGUGGCGGACGGAUGUAAGCUCGUCAGAAAGCGGUACAACACAGUUCUGUGCGAGUGUAGGCAGACCGGAAUUGUAACCGUCGGCACAGACAUGUACGAUAUCAAUUGGAGGCUGUCGUACCAGCGCCAUUUUGAACAGGAGCCCAUUGCGGUCAUGGGGUGCAUUGCGUGCAUGCUUCUCUGCAUCGGAGCCUUCUGUGCAUUCUACUACUACAAGUGCAAAGCAGACACAGUCGAAGUCCACAAAAACUUGGCGGCUUCUAUCACACUUCUGCACCUCUUCUUUGUCAUCGGAAUCAAAAGGACAGAAAGUAUGUUGGUGUGCCGCGGGUUUGCAGUUUUGAUCCACUAUUUCUUCCUGACCAUGUUCACGUGGUUGAUGAACGAAGCCUUUAACCUGUACGUGGUCGUGUCUAACGCCAUGCACGAGACAGCCGUGCAGCAGCGCCCCAUGGCGAGGUACUACGUCAUGGGAUGGGUUGUUCCAGGUAUGGUGGUGGCAGCUUUCGUUGGGAUAAACCAGGACAGUUAUUACGACAGCGCAGACUUAUGCUGGAUAUCGUCGAACCACGUGUGGAUGUUACUGGGUCCGGUAUUCGGUAUCCUCACAAUCACUACCCUGGUUCUGAUUUUCGCUAUGAAGGACAUAGUGGAAAGCUCCUACUCCAAGGAUCAGCAAGCCAACAAAGUCGUCAUAAACCACGCCAAAGCAGUUUGGACGCAGCUAGUUCUAGCCAUGGUCACGUGGACAUUCAGUUUUCUGUCUCUGAAAAUGGUCGGCGCCAUCUUGCAAUACCUCUUCGCCAUUUUCAGCACACUUCAGGGAAGUUUCUUCGCCAUGUUUUAUUGUGUCCUAAAUGAAGAGGUGUCGAGAACGUACAAAGCACAACAGGAGCUGUUGAAACAGAAGAAGGCACAGCGCAGGCGCUACCGGCAUCCCAUGAUGUCACUGAAGGGGAAGUCCAGAUACAGGAGGAUGAAGAAGAGGGGAGUGAAGUUCGCUUUCCAGAGGAAGCCUCCUCCCACGGCGUCUCAGCAGGUGGAGGAACAGUCGGGAAGCAUCAGGCACAGCGCUCUGGAGGAGACACAAGUCAAGAAGAGGGGAGUUAAGUUCGCUUUCCAGAGGAAGCCUCCCCCCACGGCGUCUCAACAGGUGGAGGAACAGUCGGGAAGCAUCAGGCACAGCGCCCUGGAGGAGACACAACAUCCAUUUAUGUUUCGACACGACUUCAUAAACAUAUCAAGCCGGCAGCCACACUACGUUCCGUACAGGUCAUACAUACAGGCUCCGAUCAACCGCCACACGCUAGCCAGACGGGCCCAAACCACGAGCGCGUGGCCUGCAUUACCCACCCCACAUCGACUACUAAGAGGGCAGCGCAUGGGGCAGACAAUGGAUGAAGGGAGAGAAAUCCGAGGCCAGACCAUGACAGACGAGAGGGACUCCACCGAGCUGUUGACGGGCGUCUGGACCACCGCAGACAUCCCGCCUAGAACCGUCUUCGGCCCGUACGUCUCCGGGACUGACGACGUCGACCCCGCCGUUCUCAUCGGCAUUCGGACCAAGGACAAGAGGAUGGUGUCAUAUGCAUACAAGGUGGACCCUAGUUGCUGCCGUGAGGCGGGAGAAACCCUGAAGUGGUUACGUCUGAUCCAGCCGGCCAGGGACAGGCGGGAACAAAACAUGGAGGCCUUCCAGCGGGGCGGCAAGGUGUACUUCCGGUCGGUGUGUCACAUCCGGCGGGACGAGGAGCUUCUCGUCUGGUACAGCGACGACUGGGCCGUCAAUAUCGGCAUCCCAGACAUCCUACCCUCCUUCAUAGCCGGGGAAAAGAAUUAUCAGUGCCCCCACUGCUGCAAGAUGUUCCAGUUCCCUAAUCCUCUCCGCGCCCACAUGCGGUACAAGUGCGAGAAGAGGCAGUCGGCUAUGGCGGGCAAAGCAGGCACGGCGAUCUUCCCGUCAUCCACCGCGGCCAUGCCGGUGACGACCAAGCCUGUGACCGUGGACAUCGACCUGGCCGUGCGCACGGCGCGCAUGCUCAAGUCGGCUCCGGCGGGUGCGUCCAAGCCUGGACCCGGCUUCAGUUUCCACGACCUUCCUCACAACAUGGAGGAAGCGAACGGCCUGGCCGCCGACAAGGCUGGCAAAGCGGCCGCGAGUCCAGAACCCUCCACGCGGACUGAAAGUCUGUUAAGUGUUCAGACCUCGCCUCCUCAGCGGAGCUCCCGAAGUCCAGAGACUGUCUCCCGUCAUUCACCGACCGAGACAUCCCCGUCUCCACGUCAUGCCAGCGACAGCCCUACAGACGGCAGCAGAAAACGACCAAACGGCGACUUCCAGUUCCAAUCCCGCCAUAGCAAGGACACAGCUAACGUCUCCUCCGCAAAGAGACCACGUAGCGACAGCAGUGACUCCUCCGACUCUCCUUUCCUCACCAACAAAUCUCCAAAACACACUACUUUCCAAGAAGAAACAAGUACAAGCGUCUCUAAACCGUACAGCCCUGAAAGUAGAAAAACGGACGCCUCUUCUUCUCACAUUCUCCUGGGCAGACAGUCCUCCAAUGACAGAGGGAGCCCCCUGACGCCUUCCAGCGAUACAGACGAUGACGGCAAGAGUGCUUUCACAGAAGUCACUUCGUCCAAGUCCUCCAGCGUAGCGGCGAAGGAGAACCUUACACCACCUCUACCGGAUCACAGAAAGUCAGACUCGGAGUCGAGAGGUACUACGAACAAGUUGAGUUCCACAUCGGGGCGACUUCUGUCGUCUCUGGGGUCCGUAGGGCAGGUUUUACCGGCGUCCAGUGGCGGGACGGCCAGUGCCUUCUCACAGCCUAUCAGAGCAGGAGGAGGCCACCACGCCGUAAGUCCCACCUACCCACCGGAGCUCAACCCAUUCAAAGUCACAAACAUGGACUUCCCACUUGAAAUCAAAGCUCCGAUUGCCAACAUGGCUCCCAUCAACGCUAACCUCCCACCCUCCAUGUACCUCCCCAGAGGAGAGUUUGACGGGCCCGGGUUUCUGUCGGCAGCUGACAAAGCCGCCGCUCCGAUGCUGUUCCCGGGGAUGGGGAAGAUCGAGCCGAGACCGUUCCUUCCCCGCCCGCCCGUCAUCCCGCACGUCCCGGUCCCCCCGCUCAUCUCGUCCCCCACCGCCGCUGUCACGUUCAACCUUCCCACGCAGAACUGGUGCGCCAAGUGCAACGCCUCCUUCCGCAUGACCAGUGAUUUGGUGUACCAUAUGCGCUCUCACCACAAGGCCGAGGUGGAUCCGACCAAGCGCAAACGUGAGGAGAAGUUGCGGUGUGACGUGUGCGGGGAAUCCUUCCGCGAGCGACACCAUCUGUCGCGCCACAUGACGUCACAUCAAUGACAAAGCGUAGGACAACAUCCGGGAACGUUGCCAAGAUAUCCCUCACAGAACACCAGACAACGGCUCUAAUUCAGACAUCGGAGGACGUUCAUAUGGCUCCAAAACACAUUGUCGUGAUGUAAUAUGUACUGUAGACUUGUAUAAAGUGUUUAUCUCUCGUAUGAUUGUAAAAUAUCCUCACAAAUAUGUGGAAUCAUUGAUAUAUUAUGUGUUACUCUGGCGCCCUGUUGUGCGUCUGACGACAGUGACAUUAACGGAAAGCAUAUUUGACUUUGCCUGCUGUCAAAAUGGAGAAUAUAUAGGUAGAUAUAUCAGCACCCUUGAAGAGGUGGAGAAUGAAGGCUGUUUAAACGUCCCACGCUACAUGUCAGUUGGUCUGUACUCUACUGUCAGUUGUGCAUCACGGUAACAACAUUGUUAACAUUUCCCACACACUUUAUAUGUCAUUUUGUAUCUUGGAAAGGGCAAUGCUAUACCUGGUGGUCAUGAUUGGCUGUCACAAGUUUAACUGUUCAACUUACUGUAACAGAGCCACAGAACCAAAUUCCAUCUUUAAGCACACAUUAAAGCAGGCUUAAAGGUACACACGCCAUGGAAGAAACGUAACCUUUACGCGUGCUUUAAAACGUGCUUAAAAGUGGAUUUUGUGCAGUGAUAGUUGUUUGCUUUAUGGUGAUGACCAACUAUUGUAACGCCGUAUGAGUAGAUGUACCAGAGUGACUUUUCCCAGAAACUUGGCCACGUAAACCGUCUCGAUGUUUAGUCUUCUGAAGAAAGCUUGAGUAAGACUUGUGAUCCAUUGCCGUGCAGUGCCGUGUAUGUAAUUCAAUGUGUGGUCAAAGGCGCAAAGCGCUGCACAGUCACCAUUUCAUAUAUAUCCCUCCUCUUUCGCUCCAAUCAGCCAAAAGGUGACCGCUCCUGGUCCGAACGCAUUAUCUGUGGCGGUGAUAUUUGGACGAUAGACAGGACAUAUUCGGCUGUCUCGACUGUCACGAUCAGGAGGCAAUAUGUGACCUUUCAGAAAAUGAAGAAGAGGGUGCUUCAUAAAGAGUCAGAAAGGUCGGGGCAGGGGCGGUGCGUGUGGACAGUAUUAAAACAUCAUCUCAAAUACUCGCGCCCCGUUGACUGCGGCGGGUUUUUCCCCGUGAGUGGACUGGAAAAUUAAUCUUCCCGAAGUCCCGACCCCUGCACUGACACCUUGUAAUCCUGAUCCGGGAUUCUACCCUUUAUCUCUCAGCAGACUACGCUUCUUCCGUCGCCACGCUGGGAAAUAAGCGCCGAGGAGAAAAAAAUCAAGGUUAGCGAGGAUGGUGCCCACCUUAAUUUCACAGGAGUUUGACACGCCAGCCCGUCAAAUUGAGAAGACGUGGUUCAGGGCUGAUUGCAGACGAGAGCGCCAACAAGCCCAGCUCCGGAGAACAUGUCAUGCAUUUGCAAUCCCAGAAGGAAUUGUGUUUGGAAAAUACGGGGAUAAGAUGCCGUUGGGCCGUCUCGAUUGAGGCUGUCAUGCGUGUGAUUUGUUCAUAUCGGUCGCCAUACUGGCAAAUCUUCCCAUCGUAGCGCUAUUACGGUCCUAGCCAAGCGGGAAAUUGCAUAGGUGGAUCAUGGGUUUUAAUGUCGCCUCAUCGCAACUUACCGUGCUUCCAAAAUGAGUCAGUAUUACACAGAUACAGUAUGGUGUCGGAUCGCACCGGGAACUUUCUCUGGGUCUACCGAGUCUAUACCAGUGUAACUGGAACGUGUUGUAUGUAUCUGAUGAAUAAACAGAAUAUUA